CCAGAAAUCAUCAGGAAACUGAAGAAAAUGAUAAAUGGGAUACGACCAGUAUCCCAUGGAUGAUAAUAACAGAUGAUGGUAAUAGCAACAGUAACAACAACGAAACAGGAAUGCCCUACAAAAAGCAACAUGAACAGAUG